CUUUUUUUUUUCUUUUUUUCCUCUUGAGCUUUUUCUUUUGUUUCCAUAGUGACAACAGGCAAUGGGACUACUGGGUACCUUGCUGUUGUUACUUGUACUUAUAUGUGCAGCUCUAUUCAUCCUCCUAUUUGGCGAGAAUCCUCGGUUAAGGCAUGGUAUUAUUGGCAAGGCUCAUUCUCUUUUGACAAGUACUUUACCCAAGACCGUCAGCUUUGUUCUUCGUAAAACCAUUGGUCCUACCAAUAUGAAACGACUCGGCAGUUGCUGGUCUUACUGCUGCGAGUCUCGAAAUCCAUUUUUACAAAUAUUUUUUAUUUUGUUAACGUCAGUAUCCAUUGGUGGCUUCUUGAAGCAUGCCUUACCACAUAUUCCUGGUAUUUAUCUCCAUCCCAUUCAUUUGUAUAUUAUCCCAUUUCAAAUCAUUUGCCUGUAUAUUAGCUACUAUAUAGCAUGCACUUCUGAUCCUGGUACUGUUACUGAAAAGAAUGUUCAAUUCUACAUGGAUCUUUUUCCUUAUGAUGGAUUACUUUAUACUCCCAAAGUUUGUCCGACCUGUCACCUUCCAAAGCCAGCAAGAUCCAAACAUUGUUCUUUAUGCAAGACUUGUGUUAGCCAGAUGGAUCAUCAUUGUGCUUGGUUGAAUCGAUGUGUGGGUUACAACAACCACCGAUACUUUUUUAUGUUUUUAUUCUAUUUGACCCAGUUUUGUACCUAUGGCUUUUAUCUCUGUUUCCAGGUGUACCGUGGUAUGGUGAUUGAAUGGGGUUUGGAUCGCGCUUAUCUUCAUGAUCGGAGAACUGGACAACAAAUUCCACUGACUUUCAGAAAGGCAAUGAUUCAUGUUUUGCAAAAAGAUCGAGUUAUUGGCUCCAUUGGUAUUUUGUCCUUUGUGAUGGGUAUUGUCGUAUUCAUUUUUAUGGUGUAUCAGUUAUAUCUUGCUGGCCGCGGGAUUACUACAAAUGAAGCAUUCAAAUGGGAAAUGUUGGAAGAUGCUAUCGACCGUGGGGAUAUAUGGAUCAUUGAAGAAGAGGAAGAAAAACCAAUCAAACCAAAAAAAUCAAAAAAAUCAAAAGGUUCAAAAAAGAAAAAUGGAUUCAUUAACGACAAUGAUAAAGGGAAACGACAAUUUAUACAGAAACGAACGAUAUCAUCAAGUACUGGCAUCAUUCAAGAACAUCAAGUCAAAAGUUUAGAGGAAGUGGAUAAUAUUUAUGAUCAUGGAUUUUUUAGAAAUUUAUGGAAUAUAUUCUUUCCUAUUAGUGUGCCAUCUUGAUUUAGUGAUAAACUUUUUACGUUGUAUACGAUUGAAAUAAAAAAAAAAACUGUACCUUUA